CACAAACUUAUCAAUCACCCCUGGUGUGGACCACUUCUACAAAGAAGGGAUCCGUAUGCUCCAUGACCACUCGACUAAGUGUGUACAUGUAGGAGGGGACUAUGGUGAAAAAUAAAUGUGCUAGGUUUUCUAAAAUUGACUCCUUUUACCUUAGGCCACAAACCUAUCAAUCACCCCUCGUAAAAUGGGUCAAAUAGCCUACAAAUUUGUAAACAGCGUCAAAUCACUUCAACAUCUAGUGAUUUGAAAGAACAUUUUGCCAUCAAUUCUGCUCUGUUAAAGUAUCUCCCAAGGAAAAGAAUAGAAGUUUAUACCAAGAGGUCAAAAUGACCUUUCCUGUCCCUCUAGUUAAAGGUUCAGUAACUUAUUUACCUCAAACUGCAUACAUCAAAAUUUCAUCCUAGUUAAGGCAAGUUGCUGAUUAUUCACAUUUUUAUAAUCAAAGGUUUAGACUGUUGUAGCAAGAGGGUGAAAAACACUUUCUAUCUUGUUUGAACUACACCUGUUUAGCACCAUGUCGCCCUGUUUUCGCACUACGGGUGGCUGGGAGGGAGCAGAUAGCAAAGAAUGGCUGUAUCCUACACUGAUAUUGUGUGUCUUUGGAUUUUUCAUCAUGAUGAGGCCAACAGAUUCAUUUGUAGUGGCUUGUCUGGUUGGACCUGAUAAAAACAUUCCUGCACAGCAGGUUAUGAAUGAAAUACUGCCUGUAUGGACAUACUCUUGCUUGGUAAUGUUAAUUCCCAUCUUCCUGCUUACAGAUUAUUUAAAACAUAAACCUGUUGUAGUUCUUCAUGGUUUUUCAUUCAUUAUUCAGGGCAUAAUAUUGAUUUUUGGCCAAGGGGUUUUAAUGAUGAAAUUUAUGUUCUUUGUCUAUGGGAUGGCAGCUGCCACCAAAGUUGCUUGUAACUCAUAUAUCUACAGUGUUGUUAGUUCCGAACACUACCAGAAAGUAACUGGCUACAGUCAAAGUGCAAAUUUGUUUGGACACGCUUUUGGUUCAACUCUGGGACAAGUUUUAAUCUCUGUUGGGAAUGCCUCGUACUUGUGCCUAAAUGUGAUUUCUCUGGCUUCAGUGUCAGUGGCCUUCCUUAUCUCCAUUCUGUUGCCAAUGCCCAAGGGAAGCAUGAUUUUCCACAGGGAAGAGGUGACUGAGAACAGCCAAGUCCCAUCAGAAACUGAAGAUCAUAGACCAAAGUGUGGAAUGGUUAGCUCAGAAGACAAUCCGGAUACAACCACCACCCGGUCACCAGUAAUGUUGGAUGGAGAGGUGCCUAAUCGGAUAGGUGGCGGAUUGGUGAAGAUGACAGAUCAUAACAACACUUCAUAUGUAUUCCGCCAGCUCUGGCUUGAUUUCAAAGAAUGCUACUCGUCUCCACGACUGCUCAGCUGGUGCACCUGCUGGGCGUUGUCCUCAGCUGGCUUUCAACAAGUUAUGAGUUAUGUGCAGGUACUCUGGGAUCACAUCGAGCCAACACGGAAUGUUACAGUGUACAACGGAGGUGCUGAAACCGUCUCCAACCUCGUGGGCGCCACUUGCUCUUUUGCCAUCGGGCACAUGAAGCUGGAUUGGGAAGUCUGGGGUGAACUGGCGCUCGGCACCUUGUCGGUGGUGAACAGUGGAGUUUUAUACGUCAUGGCUUUAACAAACGGAAUCUGGGUUUCUUACACUUGUUACACCAUACUCAAGAGCUCGUACAUGGUUCUGAUCACCAUAGCAAUGUUUCAGAUUGCAGUUAACCUCAAGGGACACUAUGCACUCGUAUUUGGAAUAAACACCAUGGUGACCCUCACACUUCAAACCCUCCUGACUGUUAUUGUUGUUGAUUCAAGAGGCCUUGGUUUGGACAUUAUUACCCAGGUUCUGAUUUAUGCAACGUACUUUGCAGCAGUAGCAGGACUUUUUCUCGUCAGAGGGGUCUACACUUUUGUACAAACUGGACGGAGAAGAAAGAGGCAAAUGUGUUCAGGGAUCAUUGAAGGACAUUCCUUUCAAAGACAUUGGCGUUCCCAUACCAGGCUGUGCUGCAACCAGUCAAUAUGCUCUCCACUACAUAUCUACAGAAGUUUGUCAAAGUUCCAGAUGUCAUGCCGAAUCUUCACAAACUCCUAAGGAAGUAGAGGCACUGCUGUGCUUUCUUCAUAAUUACACUUAUGUGCUGGAACCAGGACAGAACUGGUUUUGUGGGGCACACUCAUCUACGACUGUUUUCCCUCUAUAUUGCAUCUAUAUUCCCUCUAUAUUGCAUAAAUUACUUAAAGUCAAACGUAAAGACAUAUACAUAUUCUUCAGGUAUCUAAAAUUAGUUUAAAGUUAAUUGGCAUUAAACAACAAUCACGGAGAUUGCUUACUACCAUUUUCAACAUGCAGGACUGAGUAAUCACUGCUUCCUGUGUCAUCACUACUCAAACCAAGGACGAAUACAACACGUCCUGAUGAACAGUGUCAGCCCGAAACAUCAACUAUUUACUCUUUUCCUUAGAUGCUACCUGGGCUGUUGAGUUCCUAAAGCAUUUUGUGUUUUCCACGAAGUAACAUCUACUUUGGUUGCUGACUAGUCAUUAGAUAAUGUUAUUGAGCCUUAGGAUCAUAGAAACAGGCCAUACAGAAGCAAGUCCUUUGACCCAGUGUAUGUGCUGACCACCAAUCACCAAAGUCUCUAAUCCUAUAUCAAUCCCAAUGUUUCUUCUCGCCAUACUUUCAUCAGCUCCAAUCAGACUGCACUAAUCACUGAAACACUAGAGGCAAUUUACUGUGGAAAUAAACCUACCAAUGGGAGGACAUGGCAAGAAAAUGGAAUAAAGAUUAGCUUUAUUUGUCACAUGUACAUCGAAACAGUGAAAUGCAUAAUUUGAACGAGAACUAUGUUGAGAGGCAAGCAGCAAGUGUUGUCAUGCUUCCAGGCCAACAUAGAAUGCGUUCAACUAACUCUAAGCUGUAAGUCUUUGGAAUGUGGGACAAACUGCAGCACCCAGAGGAAACAUGAUCACAGGGAGAACAUACAGACUCCUUAGAGACAGCAGUGGGAGUUGAACCCAGACUGGUAAUCACUGGCGCUGUAGAGAUAUUGUGCUAACCGCUACACUACUUCACUUUAUUGUCACCAAACAACUGAUACUAGAACGUACAAUCAUCACAGCGAUAUUUGAUUCUGCGGUUCAAACUCGCUGAAGUACAAAUCCAAGUAAAUAUAAUAAAAAAUUUAAAUUAUAAAUCACAAUUAGAAAUAGAAAAGGGAAAGUAAGGUAGUGCUAGUUAGGUCCGGAUAUUUGAAAGGUACGGCCUGGAUCCGGGUCAGGAUCCAUUCAGCAUUCAGCUGUUCCCAAAUCUGGCCAUAUGAAUCGUCAAGCUCCUGAACCUUCUCCCAGAGGGAAGAGGGACAAAAAGAGUGUUGGCUGGGUGGGUCGUGUCCUUGAUUAUCCUGGCAGCACUGCUCUGACAGCGUGCGGUGUAAAGUGAGGCCAAGGAUGGAAGAUUGUGUGAUGUGCUGGGCUACUGCACUAUCCUGGCACCUGAAGGAAACCCAAAAGCUCACAGGCAGAGUGUGUGAACUCAGGCAGCUCUCAAGGCUAUUUGUGCCACUGCGCCGUCUAUGGGAAAUGAGUAAUAGUCAAAUAAAAAACAAAAUAGUCGUUCAAAACAAGAUGAGCGAGUGGAAAAUUGAAAGCUAGUAAGGAGUGAGUUUAACAACUGUCGUGCUUCAGGAACCCAGAGGGUUCACUCUUCCCAAUCAAACACAUAUAACAGGUAGCACAGGUUUUUUAUUUUAUAACAAAUAGUGAUGAUCAGUGAUAACAAUGGCAAUGAUAUCUUAACUAAGUUUCUUAUCUGUUGUCAGUGGCACUGGGGUAUACCCAAAUUUAAAGGGGAAGAAAGUUUAUAUAAUUUUGUGAUAUCAGAUAUUCUUCAUAUACAAAAGAUUUAAGAGAACUAAAGAGCACUGGUCAGGUGUAGCACCUUGGCUGCUUACAUGGAUAAGCUCCAGGAGGAAGAUGGAGAGGGUGGAUGGGAGGUAAAGAUAUGUCUAGUGAUAGGAUCCCUUUGGAGAUGGCACAAGUUUCGGAGGAUGAUUAAAGAUUGUGGCUUGGCUAUUCAUGAUGUUGUGAAGGGAUGCAGUAUAAUCGCAAGCAAUAGUUUUAUGGCAGUUCAUGAUAAUUAAACAUUUGACUGCCAUGAGUCUAUGAAAGUGACCUUAAACCAAAUGUUACUAAAAACCUUUAACUACAAUGCUCAGUAACAGGGAAAAUGGCAAUGUUAAUGCAUUCACUGUCUACAACAAAAAUCUGAACUUUGUUGUGUGCUCCACAAUGGCUGGCUGACCUGGUCUGGACUAAAGGAGACCAGGCAAAAUUCACACUGGUCAUCAACACCCAAUGGCUGCACAAAUCGUUGGAUCAGGUUUCACUUCAACAGUCUAGUCAACGAGCAACCACGUUCAACAUUUAAUAUGAAAGUCGCAGAGAUAUGAUAAACUCUGGUUCAGUGUUUUCAGUAUAGCAACAGAGGGACUUCUUUUACAGUCCAUUGCUUCUAGUGCAUCACUUGGCAUCAAUAAAUUCUGUGCUAAUAGUACUCACUCAACAAUGAUCCUAAAUAAACGGAAACAAAUGCAAAACUUGAUAUAGUCCUCCCCUCACUCAUAACUUCCUAAUGUAAAGCAGUUUCAGGCUUCACAUAUUUCAUCCUUCCUUUAAAAACCCAUAUAUGGAAAAUCAUUAAGGACCCCCAUCACCCAUGACAUACCCUCUUCUCAUUGUUAUCAUCAGGGAUAACAAUGCCAUACUAUUCUAUAUCAUGUAUUACAUUGUUCUGCUGACACUAAAUUAACAAAUUUCAUGACAUAUGCCAGUGAUAUUAAACCUGAUUCUGAAUCAUCUGAAAAUGCAAGUUUUAAUUACCACUGAGCAAAGAUCAAACUAUGAACUCAUGUGGAUUGUUUUUAAAUGCAAGAUGACAACUCACCUGGGAUCUAUAUUUAUUUUUAAAUGCAGGCCGAUAACUGGUGUCUAACUUCACAUCAAAAGGUUUAACCUUUCACGUACUUGAUAUGCUAAAGUCUCAGAGAACCCCAGGGCAGUGCAAUGGUUGAAGUAUAAUGGGCAAAGAUGAAAUUUUGAGUAAAGAAGCUGAUACAGAGACAAAGACACCAAAGGAAGUGAAGCAACUUUUCUUUUGGGAGGGUGGGGGGGGGGGAAGGGAUAUGGGUUUCAAAGUUAGUAAAAAAAAAGUUCAAGUAAAAAAAGCCAGAAAAUUAAUUUUCAAAAUUCUUUUCACAACCAGAGCUCUUCUUGUUGGUCCAGUGGUUAAUCUUCUGAAGUUGAUGGACAUGGCCCCAACUUUUAUCCAAUAGAAAAAUUUUUAGAACACAGUAACAGUCAAACAUGCAGUUCCACCCAUGUGAAACAGUCCAAGUGGACAGUACUAAAUACAACACAACAAUCUUGUGUUCAGUAUGGUUCAAGAACUUCUGAAUUAGUAAUUGAUGGCCUCUUUGAAGAUUGCACGCUUUUUCACCACUUUCUGUCACUAUCCUGCAUACUUUUAUUCUUUAAAAGAUCUGGACCUAAUGACUUCAGCACCAGGACAAUGAAAUUCUGUAUUAGAGAAAAAUAUUCCGCCCAUUUGACCAUCCCAGUAAGCUAAUAACAGGUGUCCCACUCCAAGUGUCUGUCUAACUCUUAAUUACCAUAUUGUUUGACAUAUUGCUGACAUCCACACUGGAUUUCUUGCAGCUUUUAACCUCUCUAUCGUGUCAACAUUGAGAAAUUUACCACUCAAUUUACAUCCUCUUUCCAAUUUUGCCACCACUUCAUAAACUUAAGUCUUUGAGAAAUGCAACCAUGCUCACAACCUAUGAGAAAUGCAGACACUUGGAAUUACAACCUCCCCAUAGGUUCCUUGACAGGCACCAUCACCACAUAUCAUCUGAUCCUGACUCAGAAUUACAUCACCAUUCUUUCAUUAUGGCAGCACUGAACAGCUGCAGGAUCAUCUUUACCAGAACAAUGAAACAACUCAAUGUCAGGUAAUAAUAGUUGCACUGAGCUUUACACCAUGCCAAUAUUUUAAAGAAUGGAACUUGAAAACAAAAAAUUCUAAAAACAAAGUUCACUCAAUCCACUAGAUAUGUUUGAGGAAAUCAGUUUUCACUUUUCAAAUCAAAUUCUUUCUCGCCCCCCCCUUUAAACUAUCAGCCUUCAUUCUCAUUCUGGGUACUUCACCAUACAAUACUGAUAUUCAGAGCUUACAAGCCAAUUUUAGCUGUUUCAGUUGAAUGCACAUUUCAACUUACAAAAAUUAGGUCAAGGCCAGACCUGAAAUAAAAUACAGAUUAAUCUGCAGUAUUUGGUUCCUCACAACUCUGCAGUGAUCUGGUAACAGUACAGACUGAUGGUUCACUGAAAGAAAUACUGCUGCCUAGACAGAGUUUCAACCUAAGAGGUAGGUAGAAUUAUCACUAUUGUUUAUGUCAGAUCCAAAUCAAAGAUCAAGGCCAUUGUAUCUACUUAACUGACAAAAUAGUGGGAUCUUUAGUUUACAUAAAUCAAUUUGAAUUCAGCAGCUAAACUUUAUGAAUAAGUAAUGUGCUUCCACUGACAAUCAGCAUGAACGGUUAGUUUCUUCUCAUUAAGAAUUUCUGAUUUACAAUUUGAAUUGUAAACUGGACUUCGGCACGUCUUCUAAGAACACAAGAACAUAAGAAACAGGAACAGGAGUAGGCCACCCACCAUUCAGUAAGAUCAUGGCUGAUCUGACCAUGGACUCAGCUCCACCUACCUACCUUUUCCCCAUAACCCUCAAUUCCCUUACUGUGCAAAAAUCUAUCCAACCUUGUCUUAAAUAUAUUUACUGAGGUAGCCUCCACUGCUUCAUUUGGCAGAGAAUUGCACAGAUUCACCACCCUCUGGGAAAUGCAGUUCCUCAUCUCCAUCCUAAAUCCACUCACCUGACUUUGACAUACUUCUAUAGAUACACAGUAGAGAGUAUAACAACUGGUUGUAUCAUGGUCUGGGAUGGAAAUACCAAGAAUGGAAAAGCCUACAGAAAGUGAUGGAUACGGCCCAGUCUAUCACAGGAAAAGGGCCCCCCCCCCCCCCCCACCACUGUCAACACCUACAAGGAGCACUGUCACAUGAAAGCAGCACUCGCCAUCAGCCCCUACCAUCCAGGCUAAGCUCUCAUCUUGCUGCUGUCAUCAGGAAGGUGAUACAGCAGCCUUAGGUCCCACACCAUCAGGUUCAGGAACACUUACUACUCUUCAACCAUCAGGCUCCUGAACGAGUUUGAAGAACCUCACCCACCUCUACACUGAACUGAUUUGACAUCCUAUGGAUUCACUUUCAAGCACUUUACAACUCAUGUUUCAGUAUUAUUUACUGAGUUAUUUAAUAUUACUAUUGUAUUUGCAAUUUGUCUUUUCCACAUAGGCUGCUUGUCAGUUUUUAAGUAUAGCUUUUCAUUAGUUCUAUUGCAUUUCUUUGAUCUAUUAUAAAUGCCUGCCAGAAAAAUGAAUCUCACUUUUGAACAUAGUGACAUAUACGUACUUUGAUAAUAAAUUUAGUUUGAAUUGCCGACAACCAGCUUCCAUUGACCUGUACCGAACCUGGAUGAGCAGGGACUUCAGAGGUUACUGAUACAUUCACGUCACACCAUGAACACUAAUGGUUUCUGUCAGACCUCACCAAGGUUCA